AUGGCGCUGCAACACUUUGUGGGGCACAGCCAGGACCUGGCGCUGGCGGCAGCGCAGGCCGUGACUGCAGAGGAGCGAGAAGAGCGGCAGAAGGAGGCUGAGAAGCUGGAGGAAAAGCUGCGGUUCAUUGUGGAGAAGAUCCCAGACCGGCGCUACCACAUCAUGGGCAGCAACGCAGGCGCGGGCAGCGGAGAGUUCCACAUGUACCGAGCGUCGCGGCGGCGCGAGCAGGAGCGGCUGGAGCGGCUGGACGAGGACUGGGAGGCGAUGAAGAAGUCGGAGGAGUUCCAGCGCAAGCAGGAGGAGAACCAGCGGGCGGACGAGGAGCGCACAGCCAAGAAGCGCGCGGCGCGGCAGAAGAAGAAGGACAAGCAGAAGGCCAAGAAGCAGAAGCAGGAGGGAGGGGCCGCCGGCGCGGCGCCAGCAGGCGAGCAGCAGGACGGCGGCGACGCGGCGGCAGGAGGAGGCGGCAGCGGCAGCGAGGAGGAGGAUGGCAAGGUGGAGGCGGCAGACCUGGACUGA